AUGGGUGGUUCAUUGUCGCGUCUAUGGUCCUUCCUCUGGACAAAGAAGGAAAUCCGUAUUCUCAUCUUAGGUCUCGAUAAUGCUGGAAAGACUACACUCCUGUACAGAAUGAAGAUCGGCGAGGUCGUCACGACGAUACCUACUAUUGGCUUCAAUGUCGAAUCAGUCACAUAUAGAAAUUUGAAUUUCAAUGUCUGGGAUCUUGGAGGUCAAACAUCUAUUCGGCCAUACUGGCGAUGCUACUACGCUAACACCGCUGCUGUUAUCUUCGUCAUUGACUCUACAGAUAUUGAACGACUGGGCACAGCUGCGGAUGAGCUUGCAGCCAUGUUAAAUGAGGAGGAACUUAGCGAAGCCGCCCUGCUGGUAUUCGCCAACAAGCAGGACCAGCCGGGCGCCAAGGGAGCGGGAGAGAUCUCAGAGGCUCUGAAGCUUGGCGAACUGCGAGACAGAAACUGGAGUAUCGUGGCGUGUUCGGCUAUUGAUGGUAAGGGUCUUAACGAAGGCAUGGAUUGGUUGGUGCAAACACUUCAAUCAGAAAACGCAUAA